CUUAUCAGCACUUGACUCAGUCUAGCUUUUGUGAGAGGUCCCGUAACACACCUCGACAAAGUGCAUAAUUGCUCAUUGUUGUUUUAAUUUUCAAUUAUUUAUUUUUUGGUUUUCUAACAAAGGAUUUUCAAUAUGCGUGAGUGUAUUUCCGUGCACGUGGGACAGGCGGGGGUUCAGAUGGGGAACGCCUGCUGGGAGCUGUACUGUCUCGAACACGGCAUCCACCCGAACGGCCUCUUGGCCGGCGGCAAACAGCUUACCGACGAUGAGAGCUACAAUACGUUCUUUAGCGAGACGUCACAGGGCAAACACGUGCCGCGUGCCGUCUACGUGGACCUUGAGCCGAGCGUUGUUGAUGAGGUUCGAACGGGCGACUUCAAGCAGCUGUUCCACCCAGAUCAGCUGAUUAGCGGCAAGGAAGAUGCCGCCAACAACUACGCCCGCGGCCACUACACCAUCGGCCGCGAGAUCAUUGACCACGUGCUUGACAAAAUACGGAAAAUGGCGGACCACUGUGCGGGGUUGCAGGGCUUCCUGGUGUUCCACAGUUUCGGGGGCGGCACCGGAAGUGGAUUCUCUUCCCUCCUCAUGGAGCGUUUGUCCGUCGACUACGGCAAGAAAUCCAAACUUGAGUUCGCCGUCUAUCCCGCGCCAUCGAUCUCGACGGCGGUCGUGGAACCGUACAACGCUAUCUUGACGACCCACACCACCCUGGAGCACUCCGACUGCGCCUUCAUGGUCGACAAUGAGGCCAUCUACGACAUAUGUCGGCGGAACCUCGACAUUGAGCGGCCCUCAUACCGGAACUUAAACCGUCUCAUAGGCCAGAUUGUCUCCUCCAUCACAGCCUCCCUACGUUUUGACGGCGCGUUGAACGUUGACUUGACGGAGUUUCAAACCAACCUGGUUCCCUAUCCCAGAAUUCACUUCCCGCUCGUGACGUACGCGCCCAUUUGCUCAGCUGAGAAGGCGUUCCAUGAGCAGAUGUCGGUACAGGAAGUGACGAAUGCCUGCUUUGAGCCAGCCAAUCAAAUGGUCAAAUGUGACCCCAGACACGGCAAGUACAUGGCUUGCUGUAUGCUGUACAGAGGAGAUGUCGUGCCCAAGGACGUCAAUGCCGCCAUCGCCAACAUCAAGACGAAACGGAACAUCCAGUUUGUAGACUGGUGUCCGACGGGCUUUAAGGUCGGAAUCAACUAUCAGCCUCCCACAAGCGUACCUGGUGGCGACCUGGCGACGGUGCCGCGUGCUGUGUGCAUGUUGAGCAACACGACGGCCAUCGCCGAAGCCUGGGCUCGCCUGGACCACAAGUUCGAUCUGAUGUACGCCAAGAGGGCGUUCGUCCACUGGUAUGUCGGGGAAGGUAUGGAGGAGGGUGAGUUUGCGGAGGCACGUGAGGACCUUGCCGCCCUCGAGAAAGACUACGAGGAGGUCGGUGUCGAUUCCGUCACUGAUGACACACUGGAAAACGAAGACGAAUAUUGAGGUCAAAGGUCAAGGCACCCGAAUUCCUGUGUAACACCGUUUGUUUGUUUCCGCCAGUAACCUCGGCCAUUCUCAGCUGUUCGAAACAGCGGAAAAAAUAUUCAUUCGCAAGUGCCAUACAUAGAUUCACAAUCUUGUAUUUAUCUACUUUUAUUUUUAAAAUUAAUUCGUUGACAUAUUGAUAUUGUUUAAUUGUUUCGCUCAUUUAUUUUAUUAUUUAUUUAUUUAUUUAUUUAUUUAUUUAUGUCAUAUGUUCUUAAAUUUGUCAUUCUUUUCGCACUUCAUUUACUUUUUUGUCAUGUAUGCGUGAUUGAUUGAUUGAUUGAUUGAGUGUUUGUCUGAAUGAUUGAAUGACUGGUAGGUCGAUUGAUUGACUUAUUGAUUGAUUUAGUUAUAUUGAAUAAAUGGUAUAAAUUAAAAAUGCUUUAAUUAAAACACAGCAAAAUAGUCAGUGUGUGAUUAGUUGCUUAAAAAUUAUUAUUCUAGUCGCUGAUAAAUAUCACGGACAUAUAUAUACGUAUAUGAAAAUUAAGUGACAGAAUCGCAUACGUGGAAAAAUAAAAGAGGACAGUGUUUCAUAGAAAAGGUUUAUUUGUUACGGCGAUUAAAAAAAAAGUAAAUAAAACAAAUGUUUCUUUCAACCUGUGUCAGAAAUAAAAAAUAUUAUGUGAAUCGUUUUCGAAGAUGUUUUUAUCUGUAUUUAGAGCAGAUAUAUGUUUAGAAAGUUGUAUAUGUCUCUUGUUCGAUUAGGUCAAUUUCAUUCAUCAUAGGUUGAAAAAUUAUAAA